ACCAAGCAGACAAACAGACAGAGAGAGAGAGUCCAGACCCGAGGCCCAGCCUUUCGCCGCACUGCUCGUUUUAGAGAGAGAGAGAGAGAGAGAGAGUUAAGUAAAAGGAUUCAAAUCCAGUUCGUUUUGCUGAGCGCUUGGAGGCUGAAAAUGCACUUCAAUUCUUAUGAUUCAGAUAAAAAAAUUCACUGAAUUCUGUGAUUCGAUUUUCCGUUUCCCGGCUUUGCUUCAGAGCAAUUACAUCCUUUUCAUCUUCCAAAUCAUAAUCCGAUUACUUCCAGGAAAUGAAUGCGCCUCUCUGAUCUCGUAGCGGAGGCGUAAAUUGUCCGAGAAGAUUCUGUUGUUCUACACUACAAGUAUCUGAGAAGAACCGAUAAGGAUAUGGCUUUUGAGUUCCGAAAUUUCGAAAGGAUUCAUCUAUCAUUUGACGGAGAAUUCACUCAAUCACCGUGAGAAUUUCAUUUCGGAAGGAUAUAUGUUUUCUUAAUUCGGUCGAAUUAUAGGAAAAAGAAUCACAUCGGGAAAAUCCUUUUGCGCCGUGGAUGGAGCAUCCUCAACCACGUCCCAGUAAAACCGAGGGACGAAAACCAACACACGACUUUCUGUCACUUUACAGUCGUUCUGAUGUCCAAGAAGAUCCAAGCCCACCUUCCCAAGGAGGGUACCUCAAAACUCAUGAUUUUCUACAACCACUAGAGCGGAUAGGAAAGACCGGCGCGAAGGAAGAAUCCGUGGUUGAGAUAUCAGCUGUGGAAAGGCCACCACCGCCAGCUCCACCUCCUUUGGACGAGCAGAUUCUCCCGGGAGGAAUUGGGACUUACAGUAUAAGUCACAUUUCCUGUUUUAAUCAAACGUCGGUUCCUAAGCCAGAUGGGUCAAUAUAUACGGUGGCACGAGCAGGGAGUUCGGAUUGGAAUGAUGAGAAUUCCAACUGCAGUACUUCUUAUACAGCCAGUGGUUUCACGUUGUGGGAAGAAUCUCAUGCGUUGAAAAAGGGAAAGAAAAGGAAGGAGAACAUGGGAGAAAAGCCCGCUGUAAGAGAGGCAGGGCCGAAGUUGCGGCAACGGACAAAGGUGGAGGGGCCUUCACAGUCGUCUACGAACAACCACCACCGCAACAGCUUCAGCUCUCUCUCUUCCUCCGAGGCAAUGGAGCAGAACAACAAGAGCUUCGUAGACGUGAUAACAUCCGCCAAGGGUAUUACCCUGGAAGAUGAUUUGGACGAUGAAGAAGAGGCGUUUGUCCCAAAGAAAGAGCCCUCUGCUGUAGUCGCUACUACCCACGAAGGGGAAUUAAAGGUAAAGGUGGACGGGAAAAUCUCUGAUCAGAAGGCUAACACGCCACGGUCGAAGCAUUCUGCCACGGAACAGCGUAGAAGGAGCAAAAUCAAUGACAGAUUUCAGAUGCUGCGAGAACUCAUUCCUCUUAGCGACCAAAAGAGAGAUAAGGCAUCCUUUUUAUUUGAGGUUAUUGAGUACAUUCAGUUCUUACAGGAGAAAGUGGAGAAGUAUGAGGGGGCAUACCAAGGAUGGAAUCAUGAGCCAGCUAAAUUGAUGCCAUGGCAGAGAAACAAUCACAGGCAGGCUGAAAGUCAUGUUGAUCAAUCUCGAGUAAGUGGGUCUGCUCCUGCAUUAAUGUUUGCUGGGAGGUUUGAUAAGAAAACUAUCUCCGUCUCUCCAACUUUUGCUGGAAGUGAAAAGAAACCAAUUGAACCUGACAUUAGUGCUGCCACUACCUUUAAACAGAUGGAUCACCAUCCUGGAAUAACCAAUCAAGCAGUGACCCUUCCUUUGUCACCAGAACCAAGCUUCUUCACUACAGUCAAGAGUAGUGCUGCAGUACAUGAAAUCCUUUCUAAAUUGGCAUCGGAUGCAGAAAACAUUCUGUCUCAGCCUCAACCACGGUUAUGUGAGACGAGAUCAGGCACUAAUGGGGGCAUUACUACUAGUGAUAAGCUGAAAGAACAAGAGUUGACUGUUGAAGGUGGUACCAUUAGCAUCUCAAGUGUGUACUCCCAAAGAUUGUUGAGUACUCUGACACAAGCACUCCAGAACUCCGGAGUGGAUCUAUCGCGGGCCAGUAUCUCAGUGCAAAUUGAGCUUGGGAAGCGAUCUAACAGUAGAGUAUCCGCCAUUAAGGAUAUUGGUGUUCCCUCUGGCAAACAAGGAACAACAUGCACUAGAGUUGCGAAUGAUGAAGACUCUGACCGAGAUUUUAAGAAGCUCAAAACAGGCAAAACCUAAUUUGACAAUGCCAUCUUUAUCUUUCUUAUUAUUGUUAUUUAUAUAUCAUAUAGUUUUUUUGGGGUAGCCUAUAUCAUCUUGGAGGAGGGUUUAUUCAAAUCUUCCGGUGGGAUUUAAAAUACGGUUAGAUGAUCGGAUCCACAGAUUUCCCGGCAAAAUAAUGUAUGAUUUGUUCAUCUAUUUGUUGUCAUCAUCACUGAGGUUUCCAUAUUGAUGUUGAGAAGCUGCUCUUUUUUCAUGUAAGGCUUCUUCUAUUCAUGUAAAGUUUCUUUCAAGACUACUUUUCUUGACUUGUGAAAUAUUACAAGAUAAUUUAUAUAUAUUGAAAAA